AUGUCUUUCGUCGCCCGUCGUGCCGUCGCCGCUACCCCGCGGGCCGCCCGUGCCUUCAGCACCACGCCCGCGCGGCCCCUGGCCAAGAUCACCAUCGUCGGCAACCUGGUCCAGACCCCGGAGCUGCAUGCCACGUCCACCGGCCGCGAGGUCCUCAAGUACGCGGUCGCUUCCAACACCGGCCGCGGCGAGAACACCAAGACCUCGUACUUCAGGGUCUCGAGCUUCGAGGCUGAGGGUCCCCGUCGCGAUUACUUCCAGACCCUGCCAAAGGGAACUCUGGUCUACGUCGAGGGCGACGCGAGCAACGACAGGUACGAGGACGCCGAGGGCAAGACCCGCACUGCACUGAGCAUUGUCCAGCGCAACAUGGAGGUCCUCCGCAGGCCCAGAGGAGACGGCGGAGAGCCCGCCUCAAGCUAA